AUGUCACAUGGAGCAGCAGUUCAAGGUUCGGAUAGCAAACGUUUGCUUCACCAUCUAAUCAACAAACGUACUAUGACAGAAAAAAAUAGUGGUAGUGCUGUUAGUUAUGCUCUUGAUCUUUUUAAUAUUGUUGGUUGUCGUGCUGAUGGUUGUGCUAUUGGUGUUCCUGAUUGUUGUGCUUAUUGUAAUGUUGUUUAUUAUAAUGGUGUUAUUACUCCUGUUUAUUCUGCUGUUCUUUCUCCUUAUUGUGCUGCUUUUGGUUGUGGUGUUGACCCUGCUUGUAAUAUCUAUCCUGAUUGUAAUGUUGCUUGUGAUUAUUGUAAAACAAAUUUAUGUCCGAUAUGUGCUGUUUAA